GAGUGGAAUGGGUUUAGUUCGACUUAUCACCUCGUUGAAUAAAGAUAUAUCCAAGUGAAAAUUAAUUGCAAUUGCAAGAAAAAAUGAUUGCAAUCGCGUUGCUGGUGUUUUUAGUGGUGACCGGAUUGGUGAAGUAUUUCCUUCACAUGCGGCACUUUGAAAGUUAUGUAAAACACGUGAAAAUGGGUAAUCGAUCGUUUCCCUUUGUGGGCAAUGCGUGGUCAUUAAUCGGAAAAUCGACAGCGAGCUUAUUCAAAGAAAUUGUCGAAGUGACAAAGCUAAAUGGAACCCCAUUGAAGGGCUAUAUGGGACCAGCGUUGGUUAUUUCAUUGGACAGACCUGAGGACAUUAAAACGGUCCUAAUGUCACCAAAUUGUCUCGAUAAACCCUAUUUAUAUCAAUUUUAUCCGAGACCAUGUGGAAUUUUAAACGCACGAUCCGGUGCAUUCUGGAAACCGAUUCGAAAGCUGAUGAAUCCAUCGUUCAAUUUGAAGAUUUUGCAAUCGUUUGUGCCGAUUUUCAAUGAGAAAACACAAACUAUGCUUAGUAAAUUGGACAACGAAGUUGGAAAUAAAAAUUUUGAUAUUUUGCCAUUCAUGAACUGCCUAACGCUGGAUAUGGUCUGCGCGACAACAAUGGGCUUUAAUAUUAAUUCGCGUGAUGGAAACAGCGCAUUUCUGCAUAGCAUUGAAGCUUUCUUUGACAUCGCUGCUAAACGUAUCAUGAAAUUUUGGACUCAUUUGGAUAUUAUCUACCGAUGGACGGACUUGUACAAAGAAGAAAAAGUGCACUUGGAAAACCUGUUUAAUCUCACAAACGAGAUAUGUGAAGCCAAGAAAUUGCAGUUCAUUUCUGCAAAUCGAAUCGCUGAGCAGAAAAUUGACGAAGAUUCCGAGGAAACAUAUAAAACGCCACAAGUGUUGAUUGAUCAAUUGUUGCAAUUAUAUUUUACUGGAAAACUUGACGAUAAAAUUAUUCGAGAUCAAGUCGAAACGAUUGUAAUCGCUGGAAAUGAAACUACCGCUUUAUCGCUUUCAUAUAUCACAUUGUUGCUUGCAAUGUAUCCAGACGUGCAAGAAAAGGUUUAUAAUGAGUUGCAUUCGAUGUUUGAAACACAAGACGAGAAAAUGACUUAUGAACAUAUCCAAAGAUUACCAUACUUAGAUCGCGUCAUUAAAGAAGGUUUACGAAUUUUACCCGUGGUACCAUUCAUGAUGCGUACAGCCACUGCCGACACACAAAUCACCGAUUGUACAAUACCAAAGGAGGCAUUCAUUUUAAUGAGCAUUUUUAAUUUGCAUCGGCGACAAGAUCUUUGGGGUGAUGAUGCUGAAGACUUCAAUCCGGAUCAUUUCUUACCCGAAAAUGUCAGCAAGCGGCAUCCAUUCGCCUUUUUACCAUUCUCCGGAGGUCUGAGAAAUUGCAUAGGUUACAAUUAUGGGAUGAUCUCGAUGAAAGUGGCCCUCUCGUCAAUGUUGCGCCGCUAUAAAUUCACGACCGAUUUAAAAUUAUCGGACUUGGAAUUGAAAUUUGAAUUAACGUUAAAAGUCAGUAACCAUCAUAUGGUAGGCAUGGAGCGGCGUGUUUGGUGAUCGUUCACGCACGUUCAAAAUUUGCAUAUUUAAGAAAUUAGUUGCGGUGUGUAAAAAAACCACAAUUCAAAUGGUAUUUAAGUUUAAGAAAUGUUUUUUUUUCUUUUAGGAUGUAACUGUUAAUAAUGUGACAUAUUCAAAUGUACAAUAUGGUGAAUGCGAUGUAAUCUUGAUGUAUUUGAUUGUGAUUAUUUUGAUCGUGUAAUUCGAAAAAUAAUAAAAUUGUUGUUGUUUCAAAUUC